GAAUGUGCUUUGAGUGUGCGUGAAUGUCCUGCUUUCUCUUAAUCUGCAAGGUCUGCUAGAAAGAGGACUCUGCUUUGCAUAGUUUCACCUCCUAGUGCUGUGUAGGUUAGCUGUCCAAAACCUUAUUGCGUGGACGGUGAGCUGCUUUGAGCAUCAGUCCCUAUGAGUGAGAGUCCUUUUAUUGCCUGCAUGUGGCAGGUGGUUCGAACUCCUCACAGGUACGAGGCGACAGCGGAGAUGGGCAGUAGAAUGUCCAGUCCACCUGGCUGCAAACCAUUCCGGCCAGAUGAGAGUGAAGAACAGGCAUCAGAAUUGAUCCCUCGCAGCCAGGAGCAAGAAUGCGAAGACCACCGAGAUGCCGAAGCCCAGGACCAGGCGGAGCAGACCUCUGCUCACAGCCCAGGAAACCUGGCAUCAUCCAGCCCCCCAGCCCGGUCCGACCAGCGUGCCAGUCACCAAGAGGAUGACGUGGACCUGGAAGCUCUGAUGAAUGACAUGAACUCGUCCAUGGAGAGCUUAUUCCCAGCCAGCAGCAUGCAGUCGGACACAGUGCCCCUGCGUCAGAAUGGCCAGCACACCCACGGCCAGCCGCCACCCGCGGGGGCGAGGCCCCUCCAGCCACAAGCGUCCGGGCGGCAGAAGGUGCAGCGCUCCCAGCCCGUGCACAUCCUGGCCGCGAGGCGCCUGCAGGAACAAGACCAGCAGUUUAGAACCUCGUCUCUGCCGGCCAUCCCCAACCCUUUCCCAGAGCUGACUGGCACGAGGAGCCCCCCUGGGCUAGAGCCGAGCUCCUUGCCUCCCCCUCCCCCUCCUCCCCCUCCUCCUCCGAGCCAGGUCACCAUUGCGAAGCAGGAUGUUAAAGUCUUUAGUGAAGACGGGACGUGCAAAGUGGUGGAGAUCCCAGCAGACAUGACGGCCAGGGACCUGUGCCAGCUGCUGGUGUACAGGAGUCACUGUGUGGACGACAACAGCUGGACCCUGGUGGAGCACCAUCCGCACCUGGGACUAGAAAGGUGCUUGGAAGACCAUGAGCUGGUGGUCCAGGUGGAGAGCACCAUGGCCAGUGACAGUAAAUUUUUAUUCAGGAAGAAUUAUGCAAAAUAUGAGUUUUUCAAAAAUCCCAUGAAUUUCUUCCCAGAACAGAUGGUCACUUUGUGCCAGCAAUCGAACGGCAGCCAGACCCAGCUUUUGCAGACCUUCCUGAACACCAGCAGCUGCCCCGAAGUCCAGGGCUUCCUGCACGUGAAGGAGCUGGGCCGGAAGUCGUGGAAGAAGCUGUACAUGUGUCUGCGGAGGUCAGGCCUUUACUGCUCCACCAAGGGCUCCUCAAAGGAGCCCAGACACCUGCAGCUGCUGGCUGACCUGGAGGACUGCAGUGUCUUCUCCCUGAUUUGUGGCAAGAAGCAGUACAGCGCACCCACGGACUUCGGCCUCUGCCUUAAGCCCAACAAAGUCACACACGAGGCGAAGGGGCUGCGGCUGCUGUGUGCGGAGGACGAGCAAGGCCGUGCCUGCUGGCUGACCGCCUUCCGGCUGCUUAAGUACGGACCACUGCUGUACCAGAGCUUCCAGGUCCCCCAGCAGAGGAGGGCUGCACAUUCGUCCUUCUCCCCGGUGCGCAGUGUCUCUGAGAACUCCCUGGUGGCGAUGGACUUCUCUGGGCAAACAGGAAGAGUGAUCGAGAACCCGGCGGAAGCCCAGAGCGCCGCCCUGGAGGAGGGGCACGCCUGGAGGCAGAAGCGAAGCACACGGAUGAAUGCCCUGGGCAGCCAGAGCCCCCUGCAUCCUUCUAACCUCAGCACAGUGAUCCACCGCACCCAGCAGUGGUUUCACGGCAAGAUCUCCAGGGAGGAGUCCCACAGGAUCAUCAAGCAGCAAGGGCUGGUGGACGGGCUCUUCCUGCUCCGUGACAGCCAGAGCAACCCGAAGGCCUUCGUGCUCACACUGUGCCACCACCAGAAAGUCAAGAAUUUCCAGAUCCUGCCCUUUGAGGAGGACGGCCAGGUGUACUUCAGCCUGGACGACGGGAACACCCGCUUCUCCGACCUGAUCCAGCUCGUCGACUUCUACCAGCUGAACAAGGGCGUCCUGCCUUGCAAGCUCAAGCACCACUGCAUCCGCGUGGCCUUGUGACCUCAGAUCGCACCUCGGCUGAAGCCCAGAGG